CAACCAUCAGCCAGCUACAAGACUGUCACAAUGAGUUUUGUUGAAUAUGGAAAUACCAUAAAGGAUGGUGACACAGCUAUUGUGUUCUUGGGCCACGAAUCCAUGUUUCCCAUCAAAGUCCAGCAUGGCAGUGUAACUCAGACUAAGUACGGGGUCAUCAGGCAUUCCACGGAUCUUGUAGGCAAGAAGUAUGGCUCCAAAGUGACCUGCAGUAAAGGAGGAUGGGUGUUUAUUCUUCAUCCCACUCCAGAACUGUGGACCAUGAAUCUUCCACACAGGACGCAGAUUCUGUAUUCCACUGACAUCUCUAUGAUCACCAUGAUGUUGGAACUGAAGCCAGGCUCCAUAGUAUGCGAAUCAGGUACGGGCAGUGGAUCGCUCUCCCACGCUCUCAUCAGGACAGUGGCUCCCACAGGACACCUGUACACGGUGGAGUUCCAUCAGCAGAGGGCGGAGAAGGCCAGGGAGGAGUUUCGAGAGCAUGGGGUGGAGCAUCUGGUCACCGUGACCAACCAGGAUGUCUGCAAAAAUGGGUUUGGUGUCUCAAACAUCGCAGAUGCUGUCUUCCUAGAUAUUCCAUCUCCAUGGGAAGCCAUAGGACAUGCAAAGUCAGCGUUAAAAGCUGAAGGUGGCCGCAUCUGCUCUUUCUCCCCCUGCAUCGAACAGGUCCAAAGAACCUGCCUGACGAUGGAAGAAUAUGGAUUCACAGAGAUUAACACCUUGGAAAUUCUGCUCCGAGUGUACAAUGUAAGGACAAUUAGCUUGCAAAUCCCUGACCUUGGAAAAGCAGCUGAGGAUAAUGCCAGCGCUGGCUUUGACAGCAGCAACCCCUCAAACCCAGGUAGCCCGAGCACUGAUCUUCAGCAAGGAACUGUACAGUUCAAAAGCGGCGUGCCGCUCAGGGAGACGGUCGGUCACACUGGAUACCUGACCUUUGCCACCAAGAGCCUGGUUUAGUACAGACUGAGUUUGUGCAGUCUGGAGUGGUUUGUGUGUUUGUGUAUGUUUGCUGUUUUCAUGGUUCUUUUUUGUAGGGCGUCCAGAUUUUUACUUGUCAGGGAAUUCCAUAUAUAGUCAGAUUUGGUUGGAAUAUGCUUUGUUUAAACAGCACACAAGCAUUAACCAGAGCAGCAUUGAGGGAAUGUUGAAACUAUGGAAUGGUGCUCCACUUGCUGUCAGAAGAUAAAUUAAUAGCGAAUGGCCAUUCACUGGAAUGUGCAGAGUAAAGAUCCCUCCCAAUCAGAAAGCAAAACAAACAGCACACUAAUGCAAAUUAAGUUGGCUUUUUUCCUCCUCUUUUCUGAAU